CCUAACAAUUCCCGUCUCCUUACCACCCUUUGUAUAGUUUGUAGUUUGUAGGCCGUUUUGUGUUCACCUUAAAGUUAAAAAUUGUAAGUACCUAAGUUAUCGUCUUUCAAUGUAUAAUAAUUAGAUUAUAAUAAUCGAUAGAAAAAAAGAAAUUUCGAGAAAUAUUUUUUCUCUGGCAUAAUAAGACUGACAUAGUCGUUAUAGUUUAUCUCAACCGUUUUGAUUACAAUACCGAAUAAUAUUGUGCUCAAUAUUAUGGCUAUCUGCGAAGAAGUAGAAUACAUGGACGUGUCGUACAAUUCGGACAAAAACGAAACGUCCAUCAGAAAGAUCGUGCACCUGAACCGUACGCCGACUCCGCGUAAACCUAGCCGUCACUGGUCCAUGUCCACCGAACUGUUGCGUUCCAAGUACGAGACCAACAACGGCCACAAGCAAAAGGUGUUCAAUCCGUUCAAUGAAAAUCUAAUUCAACGGCUCGGCGAGACCACAAUAAGUCCGAACGUGUUCGCCAAGGCCGUCAGUCCCGGGCAAGAGAACGAAUUCAGAUGGAAUAUCGACGACGUAUCCAAAUUGAAUCCGGUUCACAUAGAAGACGAAUGUAUGGUCGAGGAGCAUGUAGACGAUGAGACUGAAUCUAAAUUACAAGAAACUAUAGACAAGUAUUUUUACAUGAAACACAAAAUUCCUAGUCCGUGGAACAACCAAGUCGUCAACUGGGAGGCCAAAUGUCCGAGUACAUCGUCUACGCCUAUUUCGGUGAAACAAGUUAAACAAAAAACGUACUCUCGUGAAAUAUCCACUCAAACUGAUCUCAGUUUUCCAUCGGUUUUACCGGAUCACAUUGAAGAAAUACUUAAGCCAUACUUUUUAAAUUCGACUCAAAACAAAGAUCUCGAUGCGAGUCCCAACAAAGACACUUCGACCUUGCGUCGUAAACUAUUUUUCAUGAACGACAACGAUGACCCCAUUUCUCCGGUUCAAAUACGUAGACAUCAACAAAAUAGCCCGUUGACCAACGGUGGUUUUGUCAACUCGACCGAAUCGACCAGAGGUCCAGUAAUCGGUAAUCAUCUUGGUGUCCAAGAAUUGCCAUUGGACUGUCAUGUACCCAUUGACGUUUCACCAAUAGUGAUAAACAAUGACAAAGAAAACACUCCGCCCAAGAACAGAAGUGGUGAUUUUAUUUUUAUGACGCCCGUAUCUACGUUAUCGAUGCCAAAACGACGACGAACCAACAAAAGUAGUUUAAUGAUGGAAAACAGUUCGGACACGGGCUACCAGACUAUGACUACGAGCAUUAAAGAUAUGUCGAGCAUUACAUCGUUCGGUCAUUGUUCGAAAGAUAUUUUGUUUUCCGCUUCUACGCCGACCGACCGAUAACGUUUUUUUUUUUUUGUUUACUAAAAUACUCAUCAUCGGUACCCUCGCGCCGCUCUACGGUUUACUACAUUUUUAUUUUAUAUUUAUUUAUAUUCAAAAUAAUGAAUUUUAUUUUCGUACUCUGGGGACGAUAUUUAUGUCAUUUUAUUUAUUUUUUUUGCAAAAUGUCUGUCUUUCCCCGUCGAAUAAAUUACUGUGAUUUUUUUUUUUAUUUAAUUACUCAUACAUAAAAAAAACACAUUUUAAUCCUCAUUCGGUUUAAACCAAAAAUGUUAUUUGUAAUUAAGUUUUGAUAAUUGACAAAUAUUUUUUGUCAAAUUCCUAUAGUGUUCAUUUUUUUACUAUUCGAGACGCCUGUUUUUUUACUUUUAUUUUUUUAGAUAUUAAGUUAGUUAAGUUAAGUAUCUACCUUACAUCGACCGUUAACCAGCAAUUACAUCAUUUGUUAUGAAACACGCACUCAAUACGCACUGGUUAUAAUACAAUGCAAAUAUAAAAUUUUAAUAAGAAAAUAUAAGUGUUUUUUUGAUUUCAAAUAAAACAAAUGUAUAAUACUUAAUGACUACGUUUUGGUGAUUUAUGAACAAUAAAAAAAAAAAAGUUUUCUUAACUUAAACAAAAAAAAAAAAAAAAUGGAA